AGCAUUAGGUAAAGAUGUUACUGGGCUUGAUAUUUACACAGAAUAUGAAUUUGAAGUGUUGGCCUUUACUUCGGUUGGUGAUGGACCAAGGAGUUCUCCUUUAGUGGUGGUGAUAACCCUGAAAGAUGGAUGUGUUGAAUUUAGUCUUGGGAUGGAAGAUGGAAGAAUUCUAGACACUGGAAUAAAUGCUUCGUCUUGCCGCACACCGGCUAAGAAUGGUCGACUGAACUACGCAUCAGGAUCAUCGUGGUGUGCAGGAACAAGUGACACUAACCCAUAUCUACAGAUUGAUCUACAAACACUUCAUAUCAUCUGCGCUGUGUCUACUCAAGGAAAUUCUAAAGAAGAUCAGUGGGUGAAGACCUACACUCUACAAUUAUCCACAAAUGGGAUAACUUGGAAAAACUAUACGGAAUUAGGUGGACAAGUUAAGGUUCUCAUGGGAAAUGAUGACAAAAACUCAGAAGUAAAGCAUGUUGUUUAUGGAGUGUUGACUAGAUAUCUGCGAUUCCGGCCACAAACUCACCAGGGUGGGGUGUGUAUGAGAACAGAGGUGUUUGGGGUGAAACAAAAGCCAACAUGUGAUUCCCAGGCAAUUGGGUUGGCCAGCGGUGGUAGAAUUCCAGAUGACAGCUUUUCGGCCAGUUCAAUAUUUGCUCCCAGAUAUGCAGCUAAAUAUGGUCGUCUUAAUGGAACAGGGGCAUGGGAAGCUAAGACUAACGAUCGUGAUGACUACCUACAAAUUGACCUUCUCUAUGACUAUGUUAUCUGUGCUGUAGCUACUCAAGGAAAUCCACCAAACCAAUCGCCAGCCCAAGAGUGGACCAAAGAGUACAAACUACGAUUUUCUUUCGAUGGUACCACUUUUUUCCCCUAUAAAGAAAAUAAAACUGACAAGUCCUUUCCAGGAAAUUUAGGAAAAACUGACACAGUGAAAAACAGUCUGAAGGAGUUUGCAAGUGCAAAGUUUAUACGCUUUCUGCCAACAAAGUAUAAUAAGUUCAAGGUUUUGAGAGUGGAGGCUUAUGGCAUACUUUUGACUAAAGUUCCUUCAAUGCCGCCUAGUAGCUUUAUUCUGGCUAAAACAAAGGAGGCUGGGGCUUGUGUUGAUAUUUACCUUGGAAUGGAAAGUGGAACAAUUCCAGAUAGUGAUAUAACUGCUUCUUCAGUACAAAGUGCCAACACACCAGCCAAGAAUGGUCGACUAAACUACACAUCAGGAUCAUCAUGGUGUGCAGGAACAGGUGACACUAACCCAUAUCUACAGAUUGAUCUAAAGACACUUCAUAUCGUCUGUGCUGUGUCUACUCAAGGGAAUUCUAAAGCAGAUCAGUGGGUGAAGACCUACAAACUACAAUUAUCCACUGAUGGGACAACUUGGACAAACUAUACCGAGUUAGGUGGGCAGGCUAAGGUUUUAGAGGGAAAUAAGGAUAGAAACUCAAAUGUCAAACAUGUUGUAUAUGGAGUGUUAACAAGAUAUUUGCAAUUCCUGCCACAAACACACCAGGGUGAGGUGUGUAUGAGAACGGAGGUGUUUGGGGUGAAACAGAUGCCAACAUGUGAUUCACAGGCAAUUGGUUUGGCCAGCGGUGGUAGAAUUCCAGAUGACAGCUUCUCAGCCAGUUCAAUAUUUGCCCCCAAAUAUGCAGCUAAAUAUGGUCGUCUUAAUGGAACAAGGGCAUGGGAACCUAAGACUAAUGAUCGUGAUGAGUACCUACAAAUUGACCUGCUUCAUGAGUAUGUUAUCUGUGCUGUAGCUACUCAAGGAAGUCCACCAACCCAAUCAAUAGCUCAAGAAUGGACCACACAGUACAAACUAAGAUUUUCUUUCAAUGGUACCACUUUUUUCCCUUACAAAGAAAAUAAAACUGACAAGGCCUUUCCAGGAAAUUCAGGAAAAACUGACACAGUGAAAAACAGUCUAACAGAAUUUGCAAGUGCAAAGUUCAUACGCUUUCUGCCAACAAAGUAUAAUAGGUUCAAGGUUUUGAGAGUGGAGGCUUAUGGAAUACUUUUCACUAAAGGGGCAUGUGAUUCACAGGCAAUUGGUUUGGCCAGCGGUGGUAGAAUUCCAGAUGACAGCUUCUCAGCCAGUUCAAUAUUUGCUCCCAAAUAUGCAGCUAAAUAUGGUCGUCUUAAUGGAAGAGGGGCAUGGGAACCUAAGACUACUACUGAUCCUGAUGACUACCUACAAAUUGACCUUCUCUAUGAAUAUGUUAUCUGUGCUGUUGCUACUCAAGGAAAUCCACCAACCCAAUCACCAACUGCUCAAGAAUGGACCACAGAGUACAAACUAAGACUUUCAUUCAAUGGUACCACAUUUUUCCCCUAUAAAGAAAAUAACAUUGACAAGAUCUUUCCUGGAAAUGCAGGAAAAACUGACACAGUAAAAAACAGUCUAAAGGAAUUUGUAAGUGCACAGUUUAUCCGUAUUCAGCCUACAGGGUAUCAUGGAUACAAGGUCCUGAGAGUGGAAGUUUAUGGAAUACUUCUGACUAAAGUUCCAUCUCAACCUCCUACUGCCUUCAAGUUGACUACAAGCUCUUCUACCAGCAUUAAAGCUUCCUGGCAGUUACCACCAGUCUUUGCCAGACAUGGAAGAAACAUAACAGGUUUUAAACUGUUCUACAAAAAGAAAGGUUCUGGCCAGUCAUUUACAACCUCAACUAUUUGCAGUGGAGCAACAUUAAGUAGAAAUGUCACUGGGCUCAAGGAAUACACAGAAUAUGAAUUUCAAGUGUUGGCUUAUACGUCCGAUGGUGUUGGCCCAAAGAGCCCUGUUGAGGUGGAGAGAACAAAAGAAGAUGUUCCAUCACAAGCCCCUUCAAGUUUCACUGUGACUUCAAGUACAUCUACAAUUGUUACAGCAUCCUGGAAGUUACCACCAGUAGACUCCAGGAAUGGAAUAAUCACAGGAUUUAAAUUGUUCUACAAAAAGAAAACUGUGCUAGGGUCAUUUACUAUGUUAUGGAUAGACAAUGGUGCCAUUCAUGAUAAAACUGUCAUUGGACUAGACAAGUACACAGAAUAUGAAUUUCUAGCGUUGGCUUUCACUUCAAUUGGUGAUGGACCAAAGAGUUCUCCUGUAGUAGUGAAAACCAUGAAAGAUGCUCCUUCACGAGCUCCCAUUAACUUUAAUGUCACUGCAAGUUCCUCCACCAGUAUUGCAGCAUCCUGGCAUUUUCCUCCUGAUGACUUCAGACAUGGCGUGAUCAAAGGAUUUAAGUUAUUCUACCAAAGGAAAGGCUUUCCAGGGUCAGCAACCCAUUUGAACAUUAAUGGGAGAGAUACAUUAACAACAGUUGUGACUGGACUCUAUAAGUACACAGAAUAUAUAUUUCAAGUUUUGGCCUACACUUCUGGUGGUGAUGGGCCUAAGAGUUGUGUUGAGGUCGAGAGGACAUUGGAAGAUGUUCCAUCACAACCUCCUACUGUGUUCAAGUUGACUGCAAGCUCUUCUACCAGCAUUACAGCUUCCUGGCAAUUACCACCAGUCUUUGCCAGACAUGGAAGAAACAUUACAGGUUUUAAACUGUUCUACAAAAAGAAAGGUUGUGGUGGGUCAGCAACAACAUUGACAAUUAGCAGUGGAUCAAUAUUAAGUAGAAAUGUCACUGAGCUUGAUAAGUUCACAGAAUAUGAAUUUCAAGUUUUGGCUUUCACUUCUAAUGGUGAUGGACCAAAGGGCCCUGUUGAGGUGGAGAGAACAAAGGAAGCUGCCCCAUCAAAAGCCCCAAGAAGCUUCAGAGUGACUGCAGUUACUUCUACAAUUAUUACAGCAUCCUGGCAGUUACCACCAGCAGACUCCAGAAAUGGAAUAAUCAUAGGAUUCAAAUUGUUUUACAAAAAGAGAGGCUCUGCUAGACAAGCAACCCCCCUGACCAUUAAAAAUGGAACAGCAUCAAGUAAAGAUGUCACUGGGCUUGAUAUUUACACAGAAUAUGAAUUUGAAGUGUUAGCCUUUACUUCGGUCGGUGAUGGACCAAGGAGUUCUCCUUUAGUGGUGGUGAGAACCAUGAGAGAUGUUCCAUCACAACCUCCCACUGCCUUCCAGUUGACUGCAAACUCUUCUACCAGCAUCAUAGCUUACUGGCAGUUACCACCAGUCUCUGCUAGACAUGGAAACAUUAUAGGGUUUAGAUUGUUUUACAAAAGGAAAGGUUCUGGUGGGUCAGCAACAACCUUGUCUAUUAGCGAUGGAGCAACAUUUAGUAGAACUGUUCGUGGGCUUGAUAAGUACACAGAAUAUAUAUUUCAAGUUUUGGCCUUCACUUCUGAUGGCAAUGGAGCAAAAAGUUCUGCAAAAGUGAAAAGAACAAUGGAAGAUGCUCCUUCACAACCUCCAUCUAAUUUCAAUGUCACUCCAACUGUCUCUACUGGUGUAACAGCAUCAUGGCAACUACCACCAGCAAACUCCAGGAAUGGAAUAGUUAAAGGAUUCAAAUUGUUUUACAAAAGGAAAGACUCGUCAGGCUCAGGCGCCAUUCUUCUUAUCAACAGUGAAUCAACUUUAAACAAAAAUAUCAAUGGGCUUUAUAAGUACACAGAGUAUGAAUUUCAAGUGUUGGCCUUUACUUCUGCUGGUGAUGGUGUAAACAGCUCUGUUGUUGUUAAGAGAACAAAAGAAGAUGUUCCUUCAAUGCCGCCUAGUAGCUUUAUUCUGGCUGCAAGCACUUCUACAAGUAUAAUAGCAUCCUGGCAGUUACCACCAGAAGACUCCAGAAACGGAAUCAUCACAGGAUAUAAAUUGUUCUACAAAAAGAAAGGCUCGUUAGGGCCAGCAAGCAUGCAGCCCAUUAACGGUCAGGCUACUCACUCUCAAGAGGUCACUGGGCUUGAUAAGUACACAGAAUAUGAAUUUCAAAUAUUGGCAUCCACUUCUGUUGGGGAUGGACCAAAAAGUACAGUUGUUUAUGAGAAAACAAAGGAGGCUGAGCCCAGUCGUGGACCAGAAGAGAUAUCUUCCUCUGCAGUGAGCUCCGCAAAAUUCAAUAUAACUUGGCUUGGACUGUCUAGAGAAGUAGCCAAUGGCAUGAUCAUAAACUACGAAGUUAGGCUCAGUGUAGUAGAAAACUGCACAGAGAUCAAGUCUUCUUACGAUUCAACCUUUAAUACGACCAGCACUUAUGUUAUCGUGACUGGACUCUCUUUGUGUGCCAAGUAUGAGGUGUCUGUCAGAGGCUACACUACCGUGGGGCCUGGACCCUACAGCAACCCUGUAAUGGUACAGACAUUGGCUGUGGUUUGGUCUAAAGAAACGCCAUCUUCGCCUUCUUUUUCUGCAAAUUCAGAUGAAGGAGGAAUUUCAGUUAAAGUCACGCUUCCACGUUUCCCUGGAAAUGUAAGGUUUUUCCAAGUUAUUAUCAUUACAUAUAGCUCAAACUAUACUGGUGCUGUUAACCCAUCAGAAAGAUUUACAACACAAGACAUGAUGACGUACGAAGAAGCGCACAAAUCUGCCAUUCCUGCUGCUUAUGUCGCUUUUCAGUUUGGAGGAAAUGAUUUUGAUAAGUAUCGGGAAUUUGUUGUUGGAGAUGGAGCGGAAUCCAGCGGUAAAGAAAGGAGUAAAAGAAGUAGUGGUGAUCAGUUUUAUUACAACAAACCACUGCAGCCGAAUACAAACUACAAAAUGUUCCUCAGAGCUUUUGACUCCGAGGUAUUUUAACA